CUCGCAACCAAUAUUGAGGAACGAAGAAAUAAUAACAUCAUUUACCGGUACAUCUCCUACACUUUCGACCCUUUCUUGCAACAUUAACAACCAAAUUUUCUUUCAAGAGAAAGCGACACAAAUAUUACGACUACAUUAAUUUUCAUCCACAUUUUGCGCAUUGAAAGUCACGCACGAAGUAUUUUUGAAUGAAGACUUCAAUGACUUUGCAGCGCUGAAUUUUGGUUUUCCUUUCUACCCCCCAGAAGUCUCCAACUACCUACCUACCCGUACAAUCUUACCUUACCCUUACCCAAAAAAAGCGUCUCCUUCAUCGGUAACACACAUACCAUCUGCGAUCGCGACGCGAAAAAAAGGAAUCCCCAAAAAAUCUUUGGACCGCGAGACUACGUGAUGGCCUCGACCAACGGGAUUCUCAGUCCCCCCACUCAACCGCAUUUAGAUAUUACACUAUCAGCGAAACGAAAACGCGACGAUAACAUCGAUCAGCUAGCUCUUAUAAAUGGCACCAGCAACGAAUCCAAAAUCGCAAUUACAAAAGAACCAUCGACGGUAGAUGCACAAGGUCUUGUCGAAGAUUUGAUUGACGUACUCAAGAGUCAUGAUCCCUCGCCCUCCAUCUUAACACGAGCUCUUCCUGAAUCAACCCCGUCGACCGAACCUCACGCCAAAAGACAAAAGUCAGAUGGCGCGACUGAUUCACCAACUAUUCUAUCACGCGCGACAGCACAUGAAUAUCUUACUAUCGAUGAAGUUCUCAAAGAUGUUGAUACUGCCGCAUCCGAUAUCAUAGAAAGGCUACAAUUGACUGUUGGCUCAAAUCAGAAUCAGUACAUACCUGUUCCCACUGCACAAUCGGAGCUAGCUGUCAAGAUUUUGGCCUUUAAAAAGAAAGCUCAUGAGCUUGUGCGCAGAGAAAAGGCUACCACGGGGCUACAAGAAAACGCGAAUAGCAUUCAAAUAAUCAAUUCCAACAAUUACUUAUCAAACAGAAAUUUUGGGUCCAAUGCUAAUGCGCCAGUUACUGCAACGUCGGAGGAUAGCAAAGUGGUGCUUACACUCUACGGCAACGCCCCGCAACCGAAACAGUUAUUCUCUAGUUUACAGGUUCCAAUCAAGUAUGACGGAGAAUCGAUUUCUCAGCCUCUUCGCGAAGCCGGCCUACCCAAUGGUAUUACGACAACUCAGAUUGUUCCCUUACAGCCCACGAGCUUUGAUGAUAAUAAGAAACGUCCGCAGACUUUAGGGGAGCUUUUUCCAACACCUCCAAACAUUCAUCCCUUGAAGCCGCCUAAAAUUUCCAAGAGCUCUUUACCAACUUCAAUCGACGGAUGGCACCAACCAUUUGUUGCCGAUCCACGAAGUACUAGCUAUUGGAAACAACCACUCACUACUGGACAAUGGCUUGAUUAUAGCAAUACCUCGUCACUCAGCCCAGAAAGGAAACGCACUGGAGUUGCAGGUUCCAAUGAAGAUUCCGAAGCAGCCAUUGACUCGAGCGAAAUCGAUGCUGCUAAGUUGGAUGCUUUGUUUCGGAGCGCGUAUUCGGGAUUUGCGCCGACCAAGGAUGAUUCCAAAGCUAUCGCUCCGGAAAGUGUUUUGAGCAAGAUCUGGUGGCAACGAGUCGGUGAAAAACGAUGGGGAGACAUAAUUAAUAGGGCUGAGGGGCUAGGCGAUGGUUAUCCCACGGAGCCAAGCACCAAUAGCUUGGCUUUCAACGAUGCGGAAAUUGAGGAGCUCGAGCAAGCAGCGAAAGAAUUGUCUGAUGCUUCGAUCGAUCCCAGUUUGAUGUCUACCGACUUAAAUGUGGAAAAGACGGCAGAAGAAAAAGAUGUUGAGGAAGUACUGCAGGGAAUUUCGGAGUUGCUAGAGACUCUCAACUCGUAUCAAAGAAAUCGACACGUUUCUCUCAAUGCUACAGGUCGUCCUAUCAGCGCGUUUGGGACAUCAGAAUCUAAUUUCAUGGGCACUCCAUCAAAGCCCAGCGAAUCAGAAGUGACGACAUAUGAGAUACUUAAAUCCCAGCUAGCAUUGAUGGUUGCCAUGUUGCCGCCAUAUGCCGUUGCGAAGUUGAACUCCGACCAAUUGGCUGAACUUAGCAUCAGUACAAAGAUUGAAGUUCAAUUGAGCGAUCAAAAGGGUGUCAUGGAGGAAGACGAGAUAGCAGCUCGCGCAAAGGUCGCAGCAAUGAGCGCAGCCUCAAACACACGACCCACCACCAGCUCUUCGUUGCACAGAAGCUCUUCUUCUGCUGCACUUUAUGGCAAUCAAUACUCGUCUUCGCGACCAGCUCCAGCCCCCACUGGACAACACUACACUACUGCUCAAACACCAAUCAGACCGCCACCAAGCAAUUUGCAACGUCCGCCUGCUACUGCGCCGGUUCCUGCUUCGUAUGCACAGCGUGCUCCAUCCGCUCCGUCGUAUCGUCCGGCGGCUUAUCCGGGGGCUGCAUAUCCACACCAGUACCGAACGCCAGGUCCAACAGCACCGCAAUAUGCUCAGGCGAAUGGCCAACAACAACAGUAUCACCAUAACACCCCCACUACCUCUUAUACACGACCUCCAACUCAGCCCUUCCAAAGCAUUCCACAAUCUACACCCCAGACAGUGCGAUACCCAAGUCAGCCACCAUACGCUACCCAGCAACAACCAGUUCAAAAUGGUGCUGCAUAUACUCAGGCUUAUGGAAAUGGAGCACAUGUUGGCCGACAGAGCUCGCCUCAGAAGCCUGUGUAUAAUCAAGCAAAUCAACACUCUCAACCUCAAGUCCGCCCUCCGUACUCAACACCCGCCCCUCCUAUUUUACCACCCAAUGCCACUAGGCACAUGCAAGGUCAGUUGGCUCAACCACCGGUCAUGAAUGGCUCCUCUCAAUCACCUCAACCUCAGCCUCAACAGACUCUGCCGCCGCAAUCAAAUCACCAAAAUUCCUAUAAUAACAUGAGUACCUUUUUAACUUCAGGCGAGCAACAGACUAUAAUUGAUCGUCAGCGAGCCCAAAUUGUUCAGCAGCAAGGAACCCAACACCAGGCAAGAAAUACUGCUCAAGCAGGUGCCUUGGGAUCACCACAGCCACAAAUCAAUGGCAACAGUGCCGUCGCGGCAGGUCUAUGAAGUGUUCGAUGUAAUGGUGUUUAGGUCGGGAAUUUAUCGAGGCAAUCAUGUCUGAAUAAUCUUAAGAUGGUCGCCCAAAUCUUGGGAGGAGAGUGAGAACCAAGUUGAGCACUUUUCUUUAUGCUUUACGCGCAGAGUACUUUAAUUUUCAUGGAUGGCGUUUAACGGGACUAUUCAGUUACGGAUGGGCCAUGGAUGGUAGGAAAGUCGAAGGAAGCGAUCAGG